AUAAAAUACAGCAAAAAUUGGCAUAUUUCACACAUAGUUGCUUAAUGGUGAUUAAUUGUAAUUAAUCAAUUUGAAAACGGUGGUAAAUUGAUAAUUGUUUAAAAACAUUUGACAGCCCUAGUGGUUUUUAAAUGAUGUGACCAAACUAAAAAACAACAGUGUGCCAAGGAGACAAAAUGGCGACCCCCACAGUUCCCUACGUUUACGAACCAGCUGGUGCCACUAGCUGCCUGCAUUGAACUGAUUAUUGUCCAAUUUGAUGCCAUUUAUGAGAGUUUAAAGUUUACCCGACUCGGCUACUUCUGCAAUGGGAACUCCCUGUUCAUGAGCCAUGAACCCCAGCACAGAGAAGACGGCGAAGCCAGCCACCACACUGGUACCACUGUUGAGUAAACACAGCCACAAGGAGUCUCUGUAACACACAAAGACACUUUUAAUGUAUCACUUGUGUUUUACAACCGGGCUUAUAACUCUUGCCAGGUUGUGCUUCCAUACAGUUGUAAUCAGUGAUGCUCAAAUGAAUCCUGACGAUAUGGGGGGCGAAUUGGUUAAUGUCUGACCUGUAUACGCACUAAAAUGUGAUUUUGGUGUAAUUUUUACAUAAACACAACGCCAAACAUGAUUGGUUUUACAUUUAUAUACGUCUCUAUUCACUCGCGAUGUUAUUGUAAGGUAAACCGAAGGAACAAGUGUUAAUUUGAACUGUACUUUUGUGCAUCGUCCUUAGGGGGCGCCAGAAACGCCAUGCUAUUCAAUAUCACAGGCAACAGUAUAUAGAGUACAUUUAGAUUAUUUAUAGUUUUCUGAAUGUGUAUGAAAAACAUACAUGCAAAUCAAAUUAUAUCAAAAUGCAUCUGAAAAAAUACAGUUUCAAUCUUAAUUAUUUAACUUUCAGUGUCAAAGAUUCAAAUUAAGUACACUGCAGAUUUCCUGCAAGCGCUGUAUUGUAAAAAUCUCCAUCUCUCUAUAUCUCACAAAAUAAUAAACGAUGCUCAGCUUUGCCAAACAAUUUCAGAAAGAUAUUUGUUAAAUUAAGUGUUUAUUCAUAUCGAAUAUCUUGCCCAGCAUCUCAUGAGAUUAUGCAUGUGUGGCUAAUAUUGUGCAUGAUCAGGGUAUAUUUUAUUCAGUCAUUCGUUCAUUUUCUACCGCUUAUCCUCACGAGGGUCGCGGGGGUGCUGGAGCCUAUCCCAGCUGUCGUAGGGCGAGAGGCGGGGUACCCCCUGGACUGGUCGCCAGCCAAUCACAGGGCACAUAUAGACAAACGGGUACAUUUCAGUUGUAUGUUACUGCUUCCUUGGGACACUUACUUGUAGCAGUUGUUGUCGUAAGUGUUAUAGCUGCCCAAUACAAUGAGAGUGCCCACACCAAUGCUGUAUGAGAAGAAAAUCUGGGCGCCGGCCUCCAUCCAUACCUGUCAAAAAUCCCACCCACAUCCAAAUGAGUGUGUGUUUUGCUCUUUGCGGUGUGCCCUCACCACUGUCUAACCCCGCUUACUUGAGGGUCCGUGAGUCGCGACACUUCUGGCAGAAGAUAGAACACCACCCCUUGUCUGGCUCCAGGAAGAGAUAAUCCACGGAUCAAAAGGAUGAGCAGCAUGACAUACGGGAAGGUUGCGGUGAAAUACACAACCUGGAAAGGAGCAUGGGGGGUUGCAUGUGUUUAAUGAGGUGUUGCACGUCUGCUGAAACUUUCCAGACUUUACCUUUCCGGUAGAUUUAACUCCUUUCCAGAUGCAGAAGUAACAUAUGAUCCACAUACCGAUGAGGCACAGAAGCACCUCCCACCUGAUGCUUCCGAUCUCAUCAAUGCCCCUUGAUAUGUUCAACACUCUACGUCUGUAAAUAUAUGUCGUGUCCUGUAACAACUGCAUUUGGAUAAUAUUAGUCUAUGUGUUUAUUUUCCAUACUCCCAGAAUUCUGUAGCUGCUGAUGUCCCGUUGGUGUGGUUGCUGCCCCCCAAAGUGUGAUUCUUUGUCUUGAAGUCCACACAAUCCACUAACAAGUGUUCCAGUCGUUGUCACAGGUGCUCCAGGGCAGCUGGGAGCUAAAGGAGAACAGCAGAUAAAAGAGAGCCCAGGACAGAAUAACGAUUUUGUACGUGUGUUACUCACCUUCAGCCAGUGGGCACAGCUUCCUCCAGCAGCAGAAACAUGAUCAGGUGUACCUGAUGAAGUGUCUCGUGUUUUGUUUCACCCUGGCUACUUACCUGUAUCCGGACAUGAGUGGGCUGUACCAUUUCCGUGGCAACCCUCUCCAGCUUGUUUCCCUCGCCAUCACGUCCCGUGAGUCGAACGCAGAAGGGCACUCUAGGAAUGGAGUCCAGCCACCCAACCAGCUCCUCAGCAGCGUAGCUUGAUGAUGGAGAUGAUGCGGAGGAGGAGUUCAACAGCACCUGCUUGAGGCUCUCCCCUUCUGCUCCCAGUAGUGUCACAUGACUGAAAGAAACCUCCUGGUGAGGAGCCAGGCCCAUCACUGCCAGCACCAGGAAGGCAGGAACACCUAUAGGGCUGCCCUCCACUCUGGCCAGUCCAGGGUGCGUCUCAUUGGUUACAGUGGCAAAAUAAUACAGGAAAUCCACAUUGCUGUCAGCUGAGGGGACCAGUCACAUUUGUCACUUAUUUUCUGCCAUUAACUUGUCAAUUUGUAAAAUAAUAGUACCUACUAUGUUGAAUUUUUAAUACCAGUACCUAUUAUGUUGAAUGUUAUGUGUCCAUCAGCCUUGGCUUGCAGGUUCCACUGGCCCGGCUGGAUAGGAGGCAGUAGACGAACACAGUACAGACCAGUGAAGGGCUCUAUAUCAGCCAGGGAGCCUUGCUUGCUCAGCAGAGACUGGCUUUGGCCUUGGAAAAGUUUACCUGAAGGAUCAGUGAGGAUGCAUUCUGUCAGAAGGCCAGUGAUGUGUAAGGUGACGUUUUUUACAGAGCUGUCAACUCGAAAGGAGUGUGAUGACAUCUGGUCCUGGUCCGACUUGACAUGGAGGAGAGUCACCUGGUGAGGACAAAUUAAGACAGUUUAAUUGUUUUGAAAAAUAAUGCUCACAUUUUUUUGGCCACUCAUCCUUGAUUGUUCAUAUUUUAGUUACUUUGUAGUUCAUGAAUAAUGGCAUAAAUGUCAUAAUAGAUUCUUUAAUCUGCAUUUCUAGCCGGAUUUGCACAAAAUCCAUCUGGAGCCAAAACAGGAGCCAAACAUGCGCUGUGAAAAAACUCACGACAAUCUUGUCAACUCAUUGAAAACUGCAGGAGGCCUUCACUCAAAACAGUUUGACUUGUGGUUUCAUCUUACAAAUUAAAUUCAUCACACAGCAAUUUAACAAGAAAACAUUAUCCCGCAGAUAUAUAGAAACAUAUCAAUACAAGUUUAAUAUGUAAAAAAAAUCCUCAUUAUGCUUUUUGUUUGAGAAAAAAAAUUCAUUGUAGGAGUAUGGAAACCAUAGAAAAUGGCACUGCAAUGCUGCUUCUGCCCACCAGAGGUAGCCAAAUGAGCCGGAGUCAAAAGCCUGGGGAUGAAGCUUAUGUUUGCAGCGCCCCGAUGAAGGCAUUGCUCAGGCGCAAUGCCGAAUGAGAAAACUUUUAAAUGUUGUUUUUUUUUUUUAAGUGAGCUCAUAUUAGGAUUUAGAUGUAUGUAUACCUUUUGAGUGUUAAGUUGCCAUGUGACGAAUUUUGUUUUAGUAACGUGUUCUUUGAAACAUGACACCGUGAGUCAAGACUGUUAUGGUAUACUGGUAGAUAUACUGACCUCCUGUGAUUUCCAAUGUGUCAGCAAGCUGGUUGUGAGUGCACUGAUAGCUUAUAAUCUAAACUUGUGAGUGGCACAAUAUUUGAACACUUGGUAGUUGUUCUAAAGUGAAGACAAUGUCACCAGAUUAGAAUUCCUCCAUAAAUUAGCCCCACCGUACGGUUCAAAGUUAAAGAAAAAAGUAGUGGAUUAUGCACUGGAAUUUUCCGGUAAUCCAGAAUAAACAAAAUGGUCUAUAUUUGUCCAAAAUGAGAUUGUCUAAAUGCCUUUAAAUAUGAUGCACUUCCUCCGGGUUGCCUUACCUUGUCAGCCGCUGUGUUGUCCUCCACUAUGGAGGAGACACUGUGGAUGUCAGAGUUGCUAGUGAAUAUUGUCAGUCCUCCAGAUAAAGAGGACAGAGAUGAGUAAAGGGAGAAGCGAUCAGGGGGCAAAGGUUCCCGACUCCUCCUUUUCCUCUUCUUCCUCCUCCUUCCUGAACUCUCAGUGGCAUAUUUGGGGUCUUCAGUCAGGAGAAAGGUCACCUGUGGGAAGAUGGUUUGAAGAGGUGCUUUUCUGUCUUUGAAGUAAUCGUCUUACUUUGCUCUGUUUGGCAAGCGCCAGGGCCUUCACCACGUCAAACAAGUGGGCGUCUUUGGGUGAGGCGUCGGUGAACACGAAGAUCUUGGACAUCGGCGGGCUGUGAGUGAGAGCCAGCUGCAAACAUGCAACAGUUAGUGGGCAAACACUCCUCAGUCAUUUUGAGCUUUGGGUCUAUACCUGGAUGGCUGUGAAGCACAUUUCUGGUUCGUCUCCUCCACCCAGCGCUAGCAGGUUCUCCAUGUGUUGCAUGAACUGGUCGGGGUCAUCUGUCUCGUACAUUGGUCCCACCUCUGCACAUAACAUGAAGCUUAAUGAAUCUAACUUUUAACACAUUUAUUACUUGCUAUGAGCAGUGGCCAUGCUUCAUUCAAGUUUUAUAUUUAAUACAGAGUGGUCAAUUAAUUAUCAGUUGCUUUCUGUCCAGGGUCAUUCAAAUAGUCUAUUGUGUGGGGCCAAAACAUUCUGUUUUAUAUGUGUGGUCUAUGGUCUUAUGAUUGGAUGCAGUGGUUACUGCGUAUGAUGACAACUUUAAUGCAUAUUUUAAUUGCUAACACACUGUUUCUCUUUUUCAAUGUAAUGGUCAUGGUUUUAUUUCAUUUGAACAUGCAUCAGAUUACAAUUGAGUGCAUCACAUAAUCAGUUCACAGUUCCACAUGUCCAAAAGGAGUAGGAAGAAGCAAAGCUUAUUAAAUCCUACCGCUCCAUCUGGUACUUUUACAAUCAGUAACUGUUACAUUUGUUCACUUCCUGCUUUCCUAAUAUAAUUUAAGUACAUUAAGUAAACAAUGUAAUUUUAUUGUAUUUUUUGGGGGGGUAAAAAAAUAUUAUUUGGCUUUUUCAUUUUUUACACACAAUUGUUUUCCUCAACUUGCCACCUCUGAAGGCUUAAUCGCACCCACAACUCUCUCAACCUCUCCACUUCUUGCUCAGCUUGUUCAGGGUUUUGGAGGCUAAUUGUUGAAGUCACUGUUUGGUUGCCUGGCAGCCUAUAGAGAAUUUACAACUACAUUUCUUUCUUUGCAUUCUGCCCAUUCAGACCUUUCUUGUCACAGUUUGCAUGCUUUGGCGUUGGGAGGAGCGCAGGCGUGUUUCUAGGAUUUGAACUUCAAAUGUGCUCAAAACCUGUGGCUGUUGUGUGCCGUAGUGUUUUUUCAGUCAAGUGUACAUUUUACAUGCACAUGUUAAUUCCAUAGCUCAUAUUGUUAACCCAAAUCUAUGGAGAGUAUAAAUACUAUAGGACAAGUUGUGUCCAGGAGGGAUCAAAUGCUCUUGGUUCCAACCCCCUGGCCUUACAGUAGGUUACCCCAAGCAGUGUGCACACUCACCGGGGUCAUGGAAGGGUACCAAUACAAAGGUGCCCGAUUGUCCUGGGAGACUCGCUCGAUUCUGGAUGAUGGCGUGAGCCCGGAGGCGAGCCGCUGUGAUUUCCUCAAACAUGCUUCCUGUGGUGUCCAUGACGAAGACCAGUGCGGGGACCUGCUUCACGCUGAAAAGCCUGCAUUCAAACAUGCAUUUUUUUUCCCUCUUACAGUAUUUUUCAGCCUUUUCUUCGCACGUGAAAGAUUGAGAAGCACCUGAGGAAGGCUUUGUGUCCCACUGUGUCCCUGAGGUCUCGCAGUACAGUCAGCGUGGCUUCAGAUGCCAGCAUGGCGGCUUCCACGUGGAGGUAAUGAUGAGGGGAGAAGACAGGCGAGGUGCUGUCCUUGUUGAUGCCCCCUUUUGCCCCCAUAGAGCGACUGCUGUCCAGAAUGCCUCCAUGGCUGCAUUUGCCUGACGACAAAAGUUGCAUGCUCACACUGUCUCCCUUAGACAUCCUGUUUUUCAACCCACCCACAGUGGCCCCAAUUGCAAUACACAGGAGAGGCAUUCGUGUGCGAAAUGGGGUUGCUUAAAUUGCAUACCUUCAGGUUUAGGAGGGACAUUGCUGAAGUAACCGGUUGUAAGCAACCGGGCGUCUCGCUCCAUGUUUGUCAGUCUCGGGAGGAGGUUGUUCCGGCAGGUGACGCUAAAACACUCCAUACAGGUGGGAGUGUCACCUUUGGAGCGAGAGGAACACAUGUUCUAUGUGUUUAACAUUCACCCUCAUAUUUAGCACAAUGAUACAGUGUAAAUACACCACAUUUACACUGUUAAAACUUAGUUUUCCACAAACCGCAGCAUUCAUGCGAUACAAAGUAUCUAUCAGUCUGCUGAUAGAUUAGGUUAGCGUGCAGAGCUCACAGCUCGGAGACCCGAGUUCAAUCCCACCCUUGGCCAUCUCUGUGUGGUGUUUGCAUGUUCUCCUCGUGCAUGCAUGGGUUUUCUCCGGGUACUCCGGUUUCCUCCCACAUUCCAAAAACAUGCUAGGUUAAUUGGCGACUCCAAAUUGUCCAUAGGUAUGAAUGUGAGUGUGAAUGGUUGUUUGUCUAUAUGUGCCCUGUGAUUGGCUGGCCACCAGUCCAGGGUGUACCCUGUUUCUCACCCGAAGACAGCUGGGAUAGGCUCCAGCACCCCCGCCAUCCUCGUGAGGAUAAGCGGCAGAAAAUGAAUGAAUGAAAAGUAGUACAACACAUUGUUGCUUAGCAUUAGUUCAACCUAACUACCGUUUCCACUUGGACGCAUUUCACUGCAGCACACAACGUUCCAUGGGAGAGCAGCUGUCUUUGUUCAUGUCCUCAUUAGCUGCAUUUCCAAUGAUGAAUCAACCCUAAACUAUUAUCACAGGCAAACAUGACAUCUUGAACCUUCGGUUACCUUCAGCAACAGGGAGAGCGGGCUCCUCGGGCUGCAGCAGGUGGCGGUAAAUUGAGCGCUGACCCAACUCCACCCAGUUACUGUGGCUAUAGAAGUCCUGGUGUCAAAUCAAAUGCAUAAUUAUGCAAACCAGUCCAUUUCAUGUAAUUAUUGGAGUGAUGCUGUGUACCUGCAAGGAGUGAAAUAGCUGACCCAAGCUGUGGCGGGCACUUUGGUACUCAUUGGCCCGCACUGACAACAAGGUUUGAGUCCAGAACCUGCGCAGCAUUGCCAUGGCACUGUCCAUUUGCUCAGAAUCAAAGUGGUACACAGGGUCGGACCUGGUGGAGCUCAGGAAGUCCAUUUCUGCAUUGGACUUCACCACCUCCCCCACAGCUCUCCAAAAGGCUCGUCCCAGUCUGGUCUGCAAAGGAUGAAACCUUGUAAAACCUCUUCAAAUUACUUUUAAAUUGUCUUAACUUUCCGAUUGUUUUAUUUCAUCAUAGUCUUCCCUCUGAAUGUUGCAGCGCACCUCGUCCUCAGCAUGGUCUCCUUUGUCUUUCUGGAUGUCCUUCAAAGUGUCAAGCGUGACAUUGAGGAUGGCUCGCUCAGUGAUGUGCUGGUGUGUGUACGAAUCCCAGGACAGCGUCAACACCCGAGACCAAAAGUUGGGGAGGAAGCACGUGCACGGGAAAGCCAGGAGGAGAAGGGAAAACAAUACUGGAAGAGUCCUGUGGACGUGACAUCAUAAUGAACCGCUGUGGUCUGCUCACUACCAGCAAGGAGCCAGUUCCUCUAAAGGGCAUUGAAGUAGAACUGGAGGUGAAGGACCACGUGGCCACAGUGGUGUCCACUCUGCACUAUGAGAACAAGGAGGACAAAGCCAUAGAGGCUGUUUUUGUCUUCCCUCUGCCCGGAGAUGCUGCUGUCUGCCAUUUCAGCGCUAAGGUUGGACAGACUGAGAUCGUAGCUGAGGUGAAGGAGAAACAGGAAGCUCGUGAGGAGUACGACGACGCAUUGAGCUCCGGGCAGCAGGCCUUCCUGCUGGAGGAGAGCGAUCAGAGCCCAGAUAUCUUCUCUCUCAGUGUGGGCAGUCUUCCUCCAGGAGAGAGCGCCUCCAUCAGGCUUGAAUAUGUCAUUGAGCUCGCCGUGCAGGCGGAUGAUGCGCUGAGGUUUUGUUUGCCUGCAGUGCUCAACCCUCGCUACCAGCCUCAGGGGAGCGAAGGUGGCGCCGUCCAGGUGACCGCUGUCCCCGCCUCUCAGGUGCCCUACAGUCUGUCCUUCUCUGCCCGGGUGUCCUCUCCUCGUCAGGUCUCCAGAGUGGACUCCAACUGUUCCCUGGAGCCUCUGCAGUACCUCAACGCAGAGCAAAGCCAGGCUGCUGUUAAACUGGCUGAAGGACACAAGUUUGACAGGGAUGUUGAGCUGCUGAUUUACUACAAAGACGCCCACCGGCCAGCUGCUGUGGUGGAGGCAGGACAGGCGUCUGCCAAGCCUGGCACACUGAUGGGGGAUGCGGUGGUGAUGCUGAGCGUGUACCCUGAGUUCCCCCAGGCUGUGAUGUCUUCACUGGCAUCUAGUGGAGAGUUUGUGUUCGUACUGGAUCGAUCUGGAAGUAUGGAUUGUUCUCUCAACAAAAAACGACAGAAUGAGACUCGCAUCAGCAGUGCCAGGGAUACCCUUCUGCUGCUUCUGAAGAGCUUACCAAUGGGCUGCUACUUCAACAUCUACAGUUUCGGGUCCAGAUUUGAACAUAUCUUCCCUAAGAGUGUGGAAUACAAUGAGAAGACCAUGGAAGAGGCUCUGAAGAAAGUCAAGGAAAUGAAGGCUAACCUGGGAGGAACAGAGAUCCUUCAGCCGCUCAAACACAUUUACAGCCAAACCUGCAUUGCCAAUCACCCAAGACAAGUUUUUGUCUUCACUGACGGCGAGGUGGGGAACACCAAAGAGGUUAUGAGCCUGGUGAAGAAGAAUUCCGCCACCCACAGGUGUUUCUCUUUUGGGAUUGGGGAAGGGGCCAGCACUGCUCUCAUCAAUGGAUUGGCUAAGGAGGGAGGAGGUCACCCUCAGUUCAUCACAGGAGCUGACAGGAUGCAAGCAAAGGUGAUGCAAUCGCUGCAAUUUGCUUUGCAACCAGUAGUGGACGACAUUUCAGUCAGGUGGGAUCUGCCAAAGGGAGUGUCCGUCACUGUCCUGUCUCCACCUCUCACGGCUAUUUUCCAGGGUCAAAGAUCACUCAUUUAUGCUCAGCUCACUGGACAGUAUUUCUCUCCGCAGAGUUCAGAGUCAACCGAUGGCUGUGUAAGUGUCGAGUACAGCCUAGCAGGUCAGCCGUACCAAAACCAUCUCCGCUUCUCACUGCAGCCCACAGAGGAAGCUGGCAGAUUAACCAUCCACAGACUGUGUGCUCGAACUCUGAUUUGCUGCUUGGAGACACGGGAGACAGAGCACAGCAGAGAGCCGGAUGAGGCAGUGAAGGCCCAGGUGGUGGAGGUCAGCGUCCAAUCAGGAGUGAGCAGCUCCUUCACCGCCUUCAUUGCGGUCAACAAAGCCAGCAAGGAAGCCAUUCAAGGACCUCUUCUGCGCAGAAAUGUUCCAGUAUCUUUAGCCUUGUGUUCUGGUUUUGCUGUCAAUGUGAAGAGAAAAGGCAGGUUCGCAGCUCCCCGUGGUCCUCCCAGGAGGUGCAUUGACGCCUGUGAUGAUGUUGAAGAAGAACAACCUGAAAUGAGUUCCAAAGGAGCUAUGAAGAAAAGCAAGCAGCAGCAGGAAGCAAAAUCAAGGGGAGGUAUUUUCCAUUCAGUCAGAAAGAUGUUGCAAGGACGUGGGAAGGAGCCUGAUAUGCAGAGCAUGAGGAAUCCUGCUGAUACUUGGGUUUCACACAGCCCGCUACCCGCAGACCCUUAUCUGCAGUUGGUCUCCCUCCAGAAGGCGUCCGGCAGCUGGGAGCUCAAUCCGGCUCUGGCUGCUGCGCUAGGAAAGCCCAAAGAGGAGGUGGAAAAGAUGAAGCCUGCAUCGGCGAAUAAGAACGUGUGGGCCACUGUUCUGGCUCUGGUCUGGCUUCAUGGCUUCAAGUCGGACGCUGAGGUCGAAUGGAAGCUUCUCGCCAGGAAGGCUGUGUCGUGGCUCCUUGCUGAGAAGGAACCGCCUGUGACAGACUGUGUUGUGGCUGGAAACACUCUGUUGGGCUGCAACGUGCAAAAAGACACUCUGGGCCUUUGAGUAGUCCAAUAAAAUGAAGGGGAUCUUUUUGCUUUGACAGCAUUGCACUAUUUUAAUCCAGUCUGCUUCUCUCAUUAGCAUUUCUCUUUGUCAGGUUUUUCAUGGGUCUGUAACACGCCUUGUAUUAAUAUUAUCUGACACAAAGAAAGUGAUGUCAUUUCUAGAUACAAAGUUGGUGAUCAGUAGUAAUCGUUCGGCGUUACAGAAAAGUGUGGACAUGUAGGGGGGGGUUUUCCCACAUGAAAGUCACGCAUGUCACCUUGUGUUGUUUACAAGUUAAUAAUGCUGGCUGAGCCGUUUCCUUCUUAGCACUAUUACAGCAUUUCUUGUGUUGCUGCUGUGUUUUGCAAUGUACGGUUAAUAAAUGACCAUCUUAAGCAGGGGUCUCAAACUCAAUUUACCUGGGGGCCACUGGAGCUAGGGUCAGGGCGAGGCUGGGCCGCAUCAGGUUUUCCAAAAAAAAACAAACAAAAAACGCAUUUAUUAAAAACAGAAAAAUGAAUAAACUUUGCUUUGGUCCGAUUUUCUACAAGAAAAGCUCUGAUAAAACAUUCCACUAUUUUUCUACACAAAA